UUGUCCGAAAAUUUAUCAAUUACUAAUAAACCGUGGUUUCAGGAUUGGCAAGAACGUAAAUGGUUUGCUACUUCAUUUGAGAAACUCAUUGAUAUAUCAUUUAGUAUUAGAGAACGCCUCCAUUAUGCAAAAAUGAUGCUACGUUGUCAGAAUUACGACCAUUUUUUGGCCCUCAAAUUCCCUCAAGUAAAACGCUACGGUUGCGAGGGCGCGGAAUCAAUGUUCAUAUUUUUUAUUGAAUUAUUUAAUUUGUGUCCUUCAUUCGAUAUCGAAGAUGUUACCGUUUGCAUGGCUCAUAGGGGUCGAUUGAAUCUUCUUUGCGAAUUGAUGCAAUUUCCAAUAGUCCAAAUGUUCCGAAAGAUGCAAGGAAAAACGGAAUUUCCAGAUAAUGUUCAUGCAGUUGGCGAUGUAUUAUCACAUCUGAAAUCUUCUUUCGACCAGACAACUAGUGGUGGUAUGGUUCAUGUAACGAUGAUACCGAAUCCUUCACAUUUAGAAGCGGUUAACCCGGUAGCAGUGGGACGAACAAGAGGGCGUUGUCUUACGAAGCGUAGAGGUGAUUAUGGUCCUUGUAGCGAUAGGGACGGCGAUAGUGUUUUGUGCGUUCAAAUCCAUGGUGACGGUGCUUUCAGUGGACAGGGAAUCUGUUGGGAAACUAUAGGACUAUCUCAGUUACCUCAUUUUCGAAUCGGUGGCAGUGUUCAUCUAGUCGUGAAUAAUCAGAUAGCUUAUACAGCAGAAGCUCAAGUCACUCGCUCAAGUGAUCACUGUACUGAUAUUGCUAAAGCUUUUGAUUCUCCUGUUAUUUACGUAAAUGGAGACUAUCCUGAGUUGGUUGCAAAAGCGACACGACUUGCCAUGGGCUACCGUAACCAGUACCGUAAGGAUAUUUUCAUCAAUUUGCUAUGCUACAGAAGGUGGGGGCAUAAUGAAUUGGAUGAUCCGCGAUUUACUCAACCUGUCAUGUAUAAAAUUAUCAAUGAACGGACGUCUCCACCGGAUAGAUAUGCAGCGCAGCUAAUAGAAGAAGAAAUAAUGACAACUGCAGAGAAAGAUUCCUUAAUAAAGGGCCAUAUGGAUAGUCUCAUGGAUGAUUUCCGUGCUACAAAUAAGUCUUCUGUUGGCCGUGUGGAUGGAAAUUGGAAUAGUAUGGUUGAGGCCCCAAAUGCUGUUGAAAAAUGGGACACAGGAGUUAAUAUUGACUUGCUGCGAUUCAUUGGUGCAAAAUCUAUAAAUCUUAACUCUUCGUUUGCUAUAAAUGAACAUUUACAAAAAAUGCAUGUAGAUGCACGUUUGAAAAAGAUGGAGAUGGGUACGAAUAUUGACUGGUCUACAGCCGAAGCUCUUGCAUUUGGAUCAAUUCUUUUGCAAGGAUAUGAUAUUAGACUGAGUGGCCAAGAUGUUGGACGAGGUACUUUUUCUCAGCGCCAUUUGAUGCUUAUUGACCAGGAAACAAAUGAAACAAUCGUUCCUUUGAAUCAUAUGUAUUCUGAACAGCAAAAUUUUAUUGAGGUGGCCAAUAAUAUGCUAUCAGAAGAGGCCAUUCUUGGCUUCGAGUUUGGAUUUAGCAUGGAAAAUCCGAUGCGACUAUGUCUUUGGGAAGCUCAGUUUGGCGAUUUUUCCAACGGCGCACAAAUUAUUAUCGAUACUUUUAUUACUUCUGCAGAACAUAAAUGGUUAACGAAAAGUGGAUUGGUCUUAGUUCUUCCACAUGGUUUUGAUGGAGCAGGGCCAGAGCAUAGCUCGGCUCGGAUUGAGCGUUUCCUUCAGCUUUGUGAUAGUCGAGAGGACCAAAUACCACCAGAUGGUGAAUCGGUAAAUAUUCAUAUUGUUAAUCCAACAACUAGUGCUCAAUAUUUCCAUCUACUGAGAAGACAAAUUAUCACACCUUAUCGAAAACCACUGAUUAUCAUUGGUCCGAAAAUUCUGUUAAGGCAUCCGAUGGUAGUAUUCGUUAGUGGCAAACAUUAUUUCACAUUACAAAAAGAACGAGACAAGAGAAAAGUGCAUGACAUGGCAAUUGUAAGAGUUGAAUCGUUAUGCCCAUUCCCGUUCCAAGAACUUCAGGAAGCUGUCGCGAAAUAUCCGAAUGCAAAAAAAUUUGUUUGGUCCCAGGAGGAGCCCCGUAAUGCUGGCGCAUGGUCUUAUAUUCGUAGUCGUUUCUCUAAUGCAUUUUCAAUUGCAUUAACAUAUUGCGGAAGACCAGAGCUAGCUUGGACAGCAACUGCGAUAGCAUCCAUUCAUCAACAUGAACAUAAAAAAGUUCUGGCUGAUACAUUUUCCGCAUAA